UGUAAGUGCAGAAGGACCUUGGCUUUCCUGGUGUUCCCGAUUUGCGAUUCCAACCUGGUACCGGCAACUUCAGGAGAGACCGCCUCUGUAUGGCCCCAGGUGCUGCUAUGUCUUCUUUACAGAUUGGCUUGAAAGCUGAAGAUACUUCACGUGCAAUUAUCAACGGAAGAAGCGACAUGCAGACUAAUCUAAACAUGGCAGGCGAAGAGGAGACGGAGAAGCCAAAAGUUGCUAUCCUUCCGUUCAGUGUCGAAGCUCUGAUGGCCGAUAGGAAACCGAGCAGGGACUUGUCAAAUACAGAAGGAACGUCCGUCGCCGGAACGUCUCACGCGCACAGUCCGAGAAUGGGUUCCCUAACUGGCCCAGAUACCGCGGUCUCGCCUCUGGCCAUCAGCUCGCCCUUCUCGGUGGGAGGAAUAAUGGCAAUGCAAGAGGAUGCACUUGUCAAAUCGGAGAGCCCGGAAAGGCAAGAGCGCAGUUCUUGGAUACAAAGUCCCCGGUUCUCUCCUCCUCCUUCCAGAAGGCUCAGCCCGCCUGCCUGUCCCCUGAGAAAACACAAAACCAACAGAAAGCCCAGGACGCCGUUCACCACGUCGCAGCUCCUCGCGCUGGAGAGAAAGUUUCGCCAGAAACAGUACCUGUCCAUCGCCGAGCGCGCAGAGUUCUCCAGCUCGCUCAACCUGACAGAGACGCAGGUCAAAAUCUGGUUCCAGAACAGAAGGGCAAAAGCCAAGAGGCUACAAGAGGCCGAACUAGAAAAACUGAAAAUGGCAGCCAAACCUAUGCUGCCCCCAGCGUUUGGGAUUUCUUUUCCCCUCGGCGCCCACGUCCCAGCAUCUUACGGAACAUCGCACCCCUUUCAACGACACUCCUUGCCCGUGUCUCCAGUUGGACUUUAUGCCGCUCAUGUUGGAUACAGCAUGUAUCACUUGGCGUAAAGGGAAGGCCUUGCUCGCAUUGACGUCUUCGACAUACUCCCAGUCACAUCUCAAACUACUUACGUAAACAGAGGAGUGUAAGGCAAAGGAAAAAAAGACUUUCGAGUGUUAUACCACGUAUGUAAUAUUAUUGGAUCAGUAGUCUAAUGCUGGACUAAGUAGUAAGAGGAAAGUUAAUGUUGGCUUCAACAGGUUCUUAAGUUACCCUGACAUAGCGUACCUGUAAUGGCCGUGGCUGACCAUGACGUGUUUAACCGAAGCAGAAUCUGCUCACUCCUUUGGGUGGUCAUUCUCUCCGGCUGAUAUUUUAUAAUGACACUGAUAUACCUGUAGCCAAACAAUGGCGCAUCACCAGUAUUCAAUGGCGAUACGAACCAACAAGCUUUAGAAACCCCAGGUAGGUUGGGUUCUUUCACCACUAAUGAAGGUUUCUCCUUACACUCAAAAAUUGCCGAGUCAAGACAUUAAUUUUAUUUGCAUUGAAACUAUUGCAAGAAAAAAGUGUGGGUUUCUGAAUUUGAUGACAAGUAGAUGAAUGCUCUUUGCUAAAUGCCAAGAUCAUAGCAUCUUAAUUUAACAG